GUCGGCUUCCUGAGCGAACAGGGGAACAAGAUCGUACUUGUUACGUUGAUACGUCUCCUCUUAGCGUACUUGUUACGUUGAUACGUCUAGUACUGUUAUAGUUGAUGUCGAUGGGGCAAAAAAGGCUGUCAGACCUAGUAGAACUAGAGAUGGGCCUAAGAUGAUUCAUUCACGCCCAUUUCAUCAUGGGACUUUCUGAAUCUCUAGCACGUUUAGGAGUAAGAUCCCAAAAAGGAAAAAAUCAGGUAGACGUUGUGAACUCUCUGCCUUACCGGCAAUUUCAAGUAGGCGAACGUUAUCGGAUUGCGGACCGCGGUGCUGUGUUGCGUGAAGGAGAGGCACUAGAUUCCGAGAAACUAUGUCACCUUCCCGCUGGUGUCCUAGUCACCAUAGAAAAACUCGAGGCACGUCGUGCUUUGGUGCAAUCGGGUGGCAGUACGAGGGGUUGGCUGUCGGUUAUCAGUGCGAAU